CGUGAUUACCCAGAAAGCUCUGCGCAACAAUUUUCGCCGUCGCUGAAGCACCGAUUGAAUGCGCAGGCGUCAGGGUUGCGGAUGGUCCCGAAUAUCACGCAUGCGCAGUACACAAAAGGCCUUAGAAGACGUUGCAGGUUAAAAAUGACAAGGAAUUUGUCUAUGGGAAUUCAAACACAACACAUCGGUUUUGCUGUCUCUCUCUAGAUAUUUAAAAAGUGGAGCAAGGGAUUCAAUCGACCAUCCUUCCUGCUCAGACUGUGGGGAGGGAUUCACUCGAUCAUCUGACCGACUGGCACCCCUGUCAUUUUACACGGGGAGAGGACAUUCACCUGCUCAGACAGAGGGAAUGGAUUCACUCGGUCAACUCAACUGAAGGAACAUCAGCAAGUUCACACUGGGACAAGGCCAUUCAUCUGUUCUGUGGGUGAGAAGGGAUUCAGUCGGUGUUCCCACCUGUCGACACACCAGUCAGUUCACACUGGCCAGAGGCUGGUCAUCUGCUGAAUUUGUGGGGAACGAUUCAUUCGGUCAUCUGACCUAAUGGCUCACCAGCGAGUCCGCACUGGGGAGCAGCCGUUCACCUGCUCAGACUGUGGGAAGGGAUUCACUAAAUCAUCUAAAUUGAAGGUACAUCAGCGCGUUCACACUGGGGAGAGGCCAUUCAUCUGCUCAGACUGUGGGAAGGGAUUCACUCAGUCAUCUCAGCUACUGAUACAUCAGUCAGUUCACACUGCAGAGAGGGAUUUCAGCUGCUCAGAUUGUGGGAAGAGAUUCCCUCACUCUUCCACCCUACAGAGACACCAGUCAGUUCACACUGGGGAGAGGCCAUUCACCUGCUCAGUCUGUGGGAAGGGAUUCACUCAGUCAUCCCACCUGCAGAGUCACCAGCGAGUUCACACUGGGGAGAAGCCGUUCACCUGCUCUGACUGUGGGAAGGGAUUCACUAAGUCAUCCAACCUACAGAUACACCAGCGAGUUCACAGUGGGGAGAGACCAUUCACCUGCUCAGUCUGUGGGAAGGGAUUCACUCAAUCUUCCACCCUACAGAGACACCAGCGAGUUCACACUGGGGAGAAGCCGUUCACCUGCUCUGACUGUGGAAAGCGAUUCACUGAAUCAUCCACCCUAUUGGCACACCAGUCACUUCACACUGGGGAGUGGCGGUUCACCUGCUCAGAAUGUGGGAAAGGAUUCAGUCAGUCUUCCAAACUACUGGCACACCAGUCAGUUCACACCGGGGAGUGGCCAUUCACCUGCUGUGAAUGUGGGAAGGGAUUCACUCGGUCAUCCAAAUUAUUGGCACACCAGCGAGUUCACACUGGGGAGAGGCCAUUCACCUGCUCUGAAUGUGAGAAGGAAUUCGCUCGGCCAUCUGAUCUACAGAUACACCAGCGAGUUCACACUGGGGAGAGGCCGUUCGCCUGCUGUGAAUGUGGGAAGGGAUUCACUCGGUCAUCUCAUCUACUGAGACAUCAGCGAGUUCACACUUGGUAGAGGCUGAUCACCUGCUCAGACUUUGGGAAGAGAUUCUCUCAGCCAAAUCAACCAAAUGUGCAUCAUUGAGUUUACACUGGGGAGAGGCCAUUCACCUGCUCAGAAUGUGGGAAGGGAUUCACUCAGUCAUCUAACCUUGUGACACAUUACCUGGUUCACAGUGGGGAGAAAGUUUCAAUAAGCUGCAUGCUGGAUAUUUGUCCAUCACCGUUGCUGAAUGCAAUUUUGAGAGUGACUGUCGGUGCUGAACAAUUAUUGCUGCUGCUCACCACACCCAGUUCUGCACCCUGGUCACUGGGCAUGGGAGGAGUUUCUUCUGCUGCAUAUUCACCUUUAAUGGGACUGGAGUUUAAUAUUCUGGAUCUGAGACAAAUAAAUCAGUUCUAUUUUGAACCCUGUCUCUGGUACUUAGUGAAUUUAUAACACACCUAGUGUACAGUAGAGAGUCAACUCAGGCCAGCUGGGCCCUGCCAGUAUUUCAGUUCCAUGACAGUCCUUUUAAAUCCUCCCCUGUCGCUCUCCCUGUGGUGAUGGGUUUCAAACAGUCACCACUCUGUGGGUGAAGAGGUUUCCCUUGAAUUUUCUGCAGACGGAAGAUGUCAAGCUGACUAUAGUUCUGUCUGAGAUGUUCUUCGCCCCUCUAAUCUCUGGGCUGAGGAAGAAUGACAUUGGUAGUUAACCUCCUUAUUCAUGGCUCACUUCCACAUUAUGGGUCAUUUUCCCUGCUUUUAAAGGAUUGUUAGAAAACACCACUGUCCUCUAAAGACUGAAAGCAGAAUGGGAAACCAUAAGUUGGAUGUUCAACAGAGCAGGGUCAGAAACCAGAGGCAGGUCUGCACAGGGCAGAGUUUGGGGCUCUGGACGAUGGUCGGGGUAAGAACGUAUGAUAAGGAGAAGGGACGUGGUAACGAAUGACAGAGUAGCAACAUUUGGAAACUGACAGAGAAAAUCUUUCGGUUGUCUGACUGAUGACACAAACAAUACCUGUGGUGAGGUGCUCCACUGGUCGAGGGACAUGUGUGUGUUGGGAAUGGUUUUAUCAUUUGAGGGAGUUGUUCCUGAUUGUUUAUCCUGUAAUAUUAUAUCCAGAUGGUUAUUAUGGAUUGUCCUGUCUGAAAUAAUGUGUUGAUUAACAUAUAAUUUGUAAGAUUUUGACUCUAAAACUGGAUCAGGCUUGAAUUUAUGGUGGCUUUAUGAAGUGAUGGAGGGCAUUCACGAGUUUGUGUUUUAAAGCAAGAGUUUGGUGAAUGAUAUUUGCCACUUGAUUGUACCUUUGUAAGUAUGCAGAUUGAGUUAAACUGCUGCAGGAUCCUGGAAUGUGUUGGAUUGUGUCUAGUUUCUAUUGGCAUUUUCUGCACUUACUGCCUUGUUUGUUUGUAUUUCAUGUAUUUUUGAUUUUGUUUCCUUUUGUUAACCGCCUUGUCCUGUAUUUCUGCUUGGAACCCCUCUGUUUCUGGGAAGAGGUCUCCAACUCUCAGUCAGGAUGCUUCCUUGUCACCAUCUCGUCUGCUCAGAUCGUUGGGAUGUCUCCUGUGGAGGGUCAUACUCAUUCCACUGGUUAAUGUUUUCUUCCAUAGUGAUGAUUCAUUUAUCUGAAUUAGUAUCUAAUUUUUGUUUUCUGGUCUGUAUUUCUUAUCACGAUUGCAUAUACACACAUGGGAGUACUGAAUCCUGUUCAUUUUUGAUGAAAAUAUAUACG